UGUAGCUUCGAAGUUUUGAAGUUCUUUUCUCUGGAGAGAAGACAUGAGGCAGCCAUAAUCUCUGUAAGAAGAAAAAAAAUACACAAAGAAGAUACAGGACAGGGGAAAUUGUGAUCUCCAUAUUCAAUAAAAUUGUGAUAUAGAAUAUAUAUAUAUAAUGAAAAAGAAGAAGGAACCUUUAGGAAGAACCAAAGUAGUGAUAAGGCAUUUGCCACCUUCUCUUUCUCAAUCAAAUCUCUUCUCUCAAUUCGAUCAUCUUUUCUGCCAUCGUUACAGUUGGUUCCGCUUCCGCCCCGGCAACUCCAGCCACAAGAGUCAGAGGUAUUCUCGAGCUUAUAUUGACUUCAAGAAUCCAGAAGAUGUUUUGGAGUUUGCGGGCUUCUUUCAUGGACAUGUAUUUGUUAAUGAGAAAGGUUCUCAGUUCAAGGCCAUAGUUGAGUACGCUCCUUGUCAACAUGUUCCUAAGUCAUGCCCUCAUAAAGAUUCUCGUCAAGGGACUAUUUACACAGAUCCUGAUUAUCUGGAGUUCCUCAAAGUUAUUGCCAAACCUGCACGGAAUCCUCCUAGUGCUGAAAUUAAGUUAGAAAGAAAAGAAGCAGAGGAAUCUGAGGCUGUAAAAGGAGCUCCUAUUUCUACACCCUUGAUGGAAUUUGUUCGUAAGAAACGAGCUGAUAAGGGUGGUCAGGGUCCAGCUGUUGUUAAGAACAGGAAAAGAGCUGGAUCAGCGUCUCUUACCAAUUCUGGUUCAAGUAAUGCCAAACAAGGCUCUGGCAAGAAAAGGUAUAUUCUCAAGGACAGCACCAAGAAUUCAAAUUGGAAGGGCAAGUCAAUUAUCAUCAUGGCACGGAAGCAGGAGGGCCUACCUACUACUUCAGGCGGAAAAGAAAUAUCAGAAGUUGAAUCCAUUUCUGGAGUUGAAGGUUCUGUUUCUAAAAUUUCUUUGGAUGCUGAGUCUGGAAGGAAAAAAAAUUUGCUUCUUGAUGGAAAAAAGCGUGAAAUUUCUCUUGAAUCUGAGGGGCCGUUGCAUCAGUUGGGCCUCACUUCUAAUUUUGGAAGUUCAGUUUCUACUGCUGCUAAACAGUAUCAGAGGCAUGAAGCUAGUGAGAGGCUGAUAAAAAGUAUUCUACCUUCAAAAGCUGCCUCAGCCAAGAAGAAAUUUCAAAACCUAGAGGUAGAGAAUGACAAGCAACCAAUUCAGCCCAAAACCACGCAAGCGGGUUUGAAUGGUCAUGUCCCUUACAAGGAGCCACUGGCAUCUAUGUCUGACAAUGAUGUAAAAAGGAGUUCAUAUGAUAAGCUUGUGAAAAAGGAUCAACACGAUCCUGGCUCUCAUUUUGAGAAACGAGAAAAACAUACAAGAAAUAAGGAUAGACCAUGUCGUGGUGUUUGGACUCCUGUUCGGAACUGUCCUAGUAAACAUGCUAAUGCAGAACACUUGACAUCCUCUAUAUUGCAAUCUGAAGUGCAUUCUGAUUUUGUUCGAGCAACCCAUGGAGAAGUAAAAGAUGGCAUGCUAUAUAGGGACCAUAAUCAUGGAUCAGCAGGGUCAACAAGUGGAAGCAAUAAUUCUUCUGCAGAGAAUGGUUCCCGUAGAGAUUUUGGUCGUCGAGUGACAGCCCAUAAUAUAAUGCUUGAUAGCUCCCCGAGUGCAACUGGAGGAAAAUUUUCCAAAAAAGGAGGUCAUGCUGGCUAUACUACCCAGGAGAAACAAGUAUGGGUUCAGAAGUCUUAAGGUUUUUAAAAUCACUCAUCUGGUGUUAAAUCUGUUCAUUGCAUGGUCUUAUACGCUGUAUUGGAGUUUGCAGUUUCUGUAUGAUGCUGGAGUUACUUCUGUCAGAUAUUUCGAUCUCAGAUACAUGUUCAGAAGUCAUCAAAUUAAAGCCAGUGAGAAUUGUUCUUGCCUAAAGGAACCAUGUGAUUUCAAUUCUUGCUGCACACUGCGAGGUAUCUUCCAGUUCCAUGUAUUCAUCAGCUGGAGAGAUUAUGAAUUAGGCUGGAUACUGGAACCUGUCUUGUUGGUCAAGUUGAUGAGUUUCGUGGGCUGCAUUUUGUACAGCCUUUGGUUUCUCUGCUAUUCAAGCAGCUAUGCAAGGUUCAGUGCUCGUUUUCUUCUGCUGCAACUGCAAAUAUGCUACUAAAUGCGACAGGGUGCUAAUUGUUUGCUGUGCGAAGAUAGGUUAUACGUAUGAAGGCAGCUGCAUUUAAAGCUGGUGCAGCUGAAUCGGGCUCUGGGAUGCCAGAAAGAAUGUUGCAUGUCAGAUGUGCAUGCUGAUUUCAAUGUGCUGAACAUAAUUGAGCAUUUAGAGAAGCAAAAAUUGUUUCCUUGAUUGUCCUUUACAAUUUAUACACACAUAAAUUAAAGUUUUUAUAGAAA